UUCCCAUUCCCCAUUCCCCCAUUCUCUUUCAAACAAACAACCCCCCCCCCCCCCCCCCCCCCCCCUCCUCUCUUAAUCUUUCUUCUUUCCUCUGUUUUCCAUAUUUCUUUACAGUCAACACCCAAAAGUAGAAUCUUCAAUAAUUUUCUAUCAAUUUUCCUUUUCUUCUUCACGAAAUUCAAGCCUUACUGUUCCUCACUUCCCUUCUAUAAAUCCAACCAAGCAGAAAACGGAGAAGAAGAAAUGUAAGAUUAGAAAACGAGUGUGUUUAUCAUCCCCAUCAUCUUUCGUUCGUAAAUACAGAUUCAAGAAACCCCCCACUUGGAAAAUGAGCACCAAAUCCAAAUCCCAUUCUUCAAAGUUAUCCACCGACGACAUCGUUAACCGGUCGCCCUCCUGCUCUGUCAACAAAGGGAAAGAAGAAGAAGAAGAAGAAGAAGGAGGAGGAGGAGGAGGAGGAGGAGGAGGAGGCUCUGUUUCAUGGAAAUUGAAGAAGAAUUCGGAAGUUGUUGAAGAGAAAAGUCGGGAAUUGGUUUCGGAGAUCUCCGAAACAUAUUUAUCAGAUCCGGAUCGGAGUGUGAAGAACACAAAAACAACAGAGAAAGAUGAAAUUGGUAUCAUGAAAAGAGGACAUAGAAGAAGAAGAUCGGCGGCAACGGAAUCUUGUUUAAGGAUUGGAAAUGGAGAAAUGGUGGCCGGUGGUUCGAAUUUUCAUGGAAAUGACUGUUUAACAAUGGAGAUAGAGAAUGGGAAUGUGGGAAAGACGACACGUCGUAAAACAAAAACGACAGUAAAAACACGUUUAAAGGAGGUGAGCAAUUGCCUAACAACAUCAAAGGAGCUUCUAAGAGUUCUACACCAUAUUUUGCUUCAUGAAGACCAUCUCCCAUCCUCAACUUCAUCUCUGAUUUCUGCUCUUAAAUCCGAGCUUGAUCGAGCCAAGAGCAGAGUCGACCAUUUAAUCAAGGAUCAAACCUUCAAUAUGGAUGAAAUCGAAGUCGUAAAAAAGCGAUUAGCCGAGGAAAAAGCAGCAUGGAAGUACAGAGAAAGAGCCAGAUUUGGUAGCGCCAUUAGUUCAAUGGCAGAGGAAAUGGAGGUUGAGAAGAAACUUAGAAGACAAGCAGAGAGACUGAACAAAAGCAUUGCGAAAGAACUUGCUGAAGCUAAAGUUUCAGUUUCAAAAGCAAUGAAAGAAGUUGAAAGGGAAAAGAGAGCAAAGGAGAUUUUAGAACAGAUUUGUGAAGAACUAGCUAAAGGGAUUGGAGAAGACAGAGCAGAAUUCGAAGAACUGAAGAAAGAAUCGGCGAAAGUUCGAGAAGAAGUCGAAAAAGAGAGGGAAAUGCUUCAUUUAGCAGAUGUUUUAAGAGAGGAAAGAGUUCAGAUGAAGUUAUCGGAAGCGAAAUAUCAGUUUGAAGAGAAAAAUGCCGCCGUGGAACGGCUGAAACACCAGCUCCAAGGCUAUUUCGUCAUCGGAAACGAAGAUCAAAACGCCGGCGAGAAUCGAGAGUAUUCGUGUAAUGAGUUUGAGAAAAUCAAGGAGUUGGAAGCUUAUUUGAAGAAAAUAAAUUUUGGGUCAUGUCAAGAUACUGAAAAAAUCGGAAGGAAAGAAGAAAAUGGAGAUUGUUCAGAUGAAGAAGAAGAAGAAGAAGAAGAAAGUGAUAUGCAUUCCAUUGAACUUAAUAUGGAUAACAACAACAAGAGUUAUCGGUGGAGUUUCGUCGAAAAGGCGGAUAAUAAUCAAAUUCAAAUCAACAAUGGACGAAAAUCGGUUUCGGAGAAGAUUCAAUGGGGAAGUAUUUGUUUGAACACAUCUAACAAUAAUACCCAUCAACAAAACACAAACUCAUUUGAUUGGGAUACAUUCUCAGAGCUUUUUACACGAAAAAAUUUGGAUGAACUUCAUGAUCAACUGGAGGAAGAUGAUGAUAAUCAUCAAAUCAAAUCUGUUAAGUGCCUUAGAGAUAUUCUGUUUCCAGAAUUAGAACAGAAUCAUAAUGGGGUUAUGAAAAUGGAUGAUGAAGCUUCUUCAAUGGUGAGGAAGGGAUAAUGAUAUCAAUGAUCAAUAUGGAAAACAAUUAGAUAUAAAAACUAUUCUCUUUAUUUGUUUUUUUUUUCAUGGGGAAGUACUUUGCUUAAAGAAUAUUUUCUUCUUUUUAUAUAUUAUAUUCAAUGUUUUCAAAGGGUUAAUUUUGGUUAAAAUUAAGAUAAAGAGAGGGGAAUGUAAAUAGAGUUGUAUACAGCCAGAUCAGAACCAUGUCCAAUAUAUUAUAUUUUAUACCAUUUUUCAUUGCAAUUUUAA